ACAUCAUGCAAAUCAGAACACCAGAAUCAGUUAUUGUAAAUGUAAGAAACUGUUGUGCAAUAACGAAGGAUUUAACACAUUUAUGACUAUAUCUUCACGAUUCGUUAAUAAAAUACGGACUAUCUACUGAGUCACAAUCUUGUGUAUUUAUUUAUUUUACGAAACGGUUUGUCAAGAGGUACGAAAUGAAAAUGGCUUGGGACGAGUUGUUUUAAAACCAUUAAGCUAGUUUGUUGUCGUCGUGUGAUCUCGGCAGCCAAUCAGAAGACGAGCUUGGAGUUACGUCGUCACGUUCAGGAAACGUCCUCUGGUGGCAACGUCGUGACGCUCGAUCUCGUUCUUCGCUGCGUGUUCGGCCGAUUUUCGGGAUUUUCGGGGAAAUAAAAGUGCUUCGACAGGGACAAGAUGGUGACCAAAAGGAUCCGCUCAGAGUACAUGAAGAAGUUCAAAGACCCCAAAUGGGAGACGUACACCAAAUGUUAUGAGGAGAUGCUGGCCUACAGGCUGACGCGGAGGUUACUGGAGCACACACACAACCCCUGGUUCUGGAGCGGCUCGGACAGUGAUUCGGACUCAGGGUGCAGGAGCCCCCCUCACCCCCAUAAGAACCAGGUUGAAGCCAGUGGAGGCAGAGCUGGAGCCGAAACAGCGGCGGCUGAGGGGGUCAAGGGGGACACGCAGCAGGAGCCGGAGAUCAGAACCGCAGGAGCUGGACCUGGACACACCACCCAGAACGAGGAGCGCAUCAGGCCCGAUCCAAAGUCUUCAGCACACAGCCUGCCGUGUGACGAUACCAGGGAGCCAAAAAAAGCGCUUCAGGGAGAGGAGGAGGAGGAGGAGAGAGUCAGCAGCAGAGCCAGUAAACGGUUACCUGAUCCUCUCAGAGACCAGGAGAAAGAGACAAGAGAACCCCAACCUCAGCCAAGGAAAGCCUCCAAGUCGACCAGGCAAGCGUGGCGAUCCCAGCGCGUGAGGCCUGCGCCGUCGCGGCACCUCAAAGAGGACGCCAAGGAGAGCCGCCAUCCGUUUGCUCUGUACGGCUCAGGGGAAAAGGAUGCAGACAUCGCAGGCAGGAAGACUCACAACGUUGGUCCCGCAGCCUCCACUGCUGAGAUUCAUGAAUCGGCUCUGCGUGCCAAGACCAGGCGGCAGGUGGAGCGACAGAUCCAGUCCCAGCGAACUGAGCGGCGGCGAGCCAAGUCAGCUGACCCGAAACAAGGCAGAGAGAGCGGCCCAGCCCGACUUUAACCCCUGGCUUACAGAGUACAUGCGCUGCUUCUCCGUUCGCUCCCGAUAGGACAGCAUCCGUACGUCAGCCCGACUAAAGCCAUUACUGACCUCUGAGGCUCCUCAGUGGUGCCAGUCUCAUGUUUAGGAUGCAAAGUCAUCUCUGAACUUCACUUUGUGGCCCAUGAGGCCAGAUCUGUGACGUCAGGUUUUUAUAAGGACCAUUUCAAUCUAUAGACCAAAACUCAGAGAUUUCUUACACAAUAAAAGAGAUUAAUGAAAUAAACUAUUUAGUAACUUUA